AUGGCUUUACCGUUUCUGCCAGGGAGCUCUCGCAAUACUCAUCUUGGACAGGAGAAAUUUCACAAAUCCCAGCAUUUCGGCUAUUCCAAUGAAAUUCCAAUGUUCGUGGGAUCAGAGAAGCCGGGUAUUGGAGGCGAGCGUUUGGAGGGCCAGAACAUUAAACCAAAACAUUCUGUUUAUCCCAAAGAACAGGGCCGUGAUCUGCCACCAUGGAUAGCCUUUGAUAAGCAGGUUCUGUGUUUUGAAGCUUACUUUGAGGAGACUGUGCCUUUUGCACAAAAUGAGAAAUACCGGAUCAGAAAGUGUAAGAUCUACUUCUACCUGGAAGAUGACACCAUCCAAGUGGUGGAGACACAAUACAAGAACAGUGGCCUCCCUAAAGGAACCUUGAUUUGUCGCCACCGUGUCCCUCUCCCUCACCCAAAGGAUGACCAGUUCUACAACGUUUACGAUUUCAACCUCAACCAACAGAUGGUGCUGUACUCUCGCACGUUCACUCUGACCAACUGUGACGCCUUCACAAGGAACUUUCUGACAAAACUGGGGGUGCAGCUGAAUGAACCCACUAAUGUGCCCGAUGACCCUUACAGCAACCUCCGGAAGCAGUGGGAUGAGAGUAUGAAACCCCUUCGUCCCUAUCAGAGACUUGACACGCUGAAGCAGUUCCUGGACCACGACCGUGAACUGCUGCGCUUCUACUGCUACUGGGAUGAUUCAGAGAGCGCGUGUGGAUCCCUGCGGGAGCUCAUACUUCUCUACUUCCUUGCCGAUGACACUAUAGAGAUAUUGGAAGUGCUCCCACCAAACCCUGGAAGAGAUGCUAGCAGCAAAUUCUUGCAUCGCAGCAAAUUACCCAAGCAUGGUCUGGCCCGGAUGAAGCAGCCAGGACAGGUCACGGAUCGCACAGUGCUCAACGUGCUGGCCGAUAACCUGGGAAAACGCUUCAUGCUGGACCACCGCAAUACGGGAACUAUUAGUGAGGAGUUUUAUAAGGACUCUGACCUGGCUGUGGGUGGUGAGGUAAACGUGUGGGGCAGGAGAGUGGUCCUCGCUGACUGCGAUGACUUCACCAAACAACACUACCGCUCCAAAUAUGGCAUAGAGGACUUCACUCCAGUGCAGUACAAAGUUCCCCCAGCCCCCGAGCUGCCGAAGCUUGUGCCCCCCUUCAAUGGCUUUGGCUCAGAGGAGGACUCGUUGCAGUGCUGUCUGAAAUUGUGGCCCAAACCCCCCAGGAAAGAUUUCUCUAAGUUUAUGGAGAACGACGGGUAGGCCUAUGACAGUAAUGUGCUCACGUUCCGUGCCAAGAUGACCACUGAUACAUUUGAUGCAGAGAGGGUGUUUUUCAUCUCCUUCUUCCUCGGUGAUGACACUAUGAGUGUGGUUGAGCCCCCUCAGAAAAACUCAGGUAUGCUGGGUGGAAGGUUUCUUGAGCGUCGCCGCAUGAAGAAGCCUGGCCAGGAGCUGUUUAAGAGCGAGCCGUCUGAGUACUUCACAGCUCAGGAUCUGUAUGUUGGAGCAAGCAUUUACCUCUGUGGUAAAGACUUCCAGCUUCUGGACGCAGAUGAAUAUACACUCAACUACAUGGAGCAGCAUGCAGAGGAGUUCCCCAAAGCCAACAUAGGUAACAUCCUCAGCAAACUGCGCUCCAUUCCGGAGGGAAAACAGGCUGAAGUGAGGAAGUUUCUGGCUCUCGAUGACCCCGGCAACACUGGCCUCAUCCCCUAUCAGUCAUUCAGGAGCUUCCUGAUGGGCCUUGACUGCGGUCUGACGGAGCAUGAAGUUCUGGUUGUGGGCCGAUGUUUCUCAGAGCGCAAACAGCCGGAGGAGGACGUGGGAUUGAUGCUUGCUGUGGCCCAGGACUUCCUCAAGAGGAAAGGCUUUCAGGAGCUCCAUGAACUGGCCAAAGCAUUUAGGCAGCGUGACCGGCAAAAAACUGGCCGUCUCUCCACCAAGGAGAUGAGGAAAAUCUGUAAAGCCUUCAAGCUUCCCCUGCCUGAAAAGCUGCUUGAAGAUCUGCUCAGCAAGUUUGCUGAUGAAGACCAGAUUGACUAUAAUGCCUUCCAUGCUGGUAUUAACUGGGUAGAUCACUGCGCUCCACAAAUAAUGCCAGAGGACAUCUUAAGGUUUGUGGUGAACACAAGGCCUCAUGUUGACAGAACUGCGCUGGAAACGGUCAAUUACUCCACCCUUCUGCAGGAUGUGUUCAGCUCUACCUCCAGCAACAGUGACCCAACAACCUCCUCUUGA